AUGUACGUGGGGGUGCAUUGGACAAACGUAAGUGAAGUCAACGAUGAUGAUGAGGAUGAUGUUGGUGUUGCUGCUGCGGCCGUGGCGGCGGGGGCACAAGCGGCAGCAGCCGCAGCCGUCGUCGUCGUCGUCGUCGUCGUCGCAGAGUACACCGCGAGUGUCGGCUCAUCCAACACUAGCUCUGGUGUCUCGCAGACCUCCUCAAGGCCUCCAGCUGUCCCCCGCAUAAGAACUGUACGCGUGGCAGUGGUCACCAAAAAAUGA